AUGAGGAUAUCUGCUACUCCUUCCUUCUCGAAUUGGCUGCUCAGUGUUAAGAGAUACCCAUUCAAUGAGCUAAGGGCAACAAGGCAUGGAUUCACCUGCAAGUAUGUCAUUUGUGAUAUCAACAGCAAUGAGAAGUACAGCUGCGUGCCCACCAAGAACUUUGACCAUGUUUCCAUUCUUGAGGAUCUGAUCAUGCAAGGAGAAUGCAAGCCUCUUCCUCCUGACAUGACAAACAUCAUGGAUUACAUGUUUUAUUGGGGCCUUCAGAAAAGUCCAAGAUGGUACCAUAAAGUUCUCUCCACCCUUUCUGGAAUGCUGGUGGGGCCAGAACCAUGUGAAAGGAAGGACAUGUUCAUGGAGUGUAUCUAUUGGUUAGUGAGGGAAAUGAUUAUGGAUAGCAGCUAUGACUUUUACUCCAAUGAAGGACAGAUUGUGAUGGAUGCUUGGCAUGGGUAUUGUUGCCACUGGUAUGACUACAACAACAAAUUUUCCUUCCAGAUAUUGACUUCGAUGAGUCAGAGUUUUGUUGUUGAUUGCAUUAAAGACCUUGACAGCCUUGGAUUCUUGCAACCACACAAUGCUGUACAUUGUGGAACCGUGAUGUAA